CUGGUUCAUUCAGAUCACUGACUUGUUAUCGGUUUCGUUUGGUCAUCGUGCGCUCGCGGGGUCUCGUGCAAAGUGAGCAGUGAGCGUGGGUGGCUCCACGCUCACGCCCUCUGCGUCACGCUGCUGAGACCUGGGGAGGAAGACGCUCUGCUCUCACUCCGUCCUGGCAGCGGCGCAGUGAAGUCACCUCCCUCCGUCCUCAGCCGAGGACGCACAGCGCUACAGGAGAAACAUGUUCAUUAAGUCCAACUGAGGAUUUCGCAACUUUAAGUCUGCUGACGCACAAAGGACAAACAUUUCCCACAGACCUGCCUUUUAAAAUGGCCGAACAGAACACCUGUCAUUACAAUGAGACGAUGAAGUUCUUUUACAACCAGAGCGGAGGUGAUGACAAAUGGGACACCACUCAGCUCAUCCUGGUCCAGGUUGUGGGCUCCAUCUUCUGCUGUUUCAUCCUGGUCUCCAAUGUCAUGGUCAUAGCUGCUGUCAUUACCAAUAAAAGGUUUCAUUAUCCUUUCUACUAUCUCCUUUCCAACCUGGCUGCCUCGGACUUCCUCGCAGGGAUAGCGUACGUGUACCUCAUGUUCAACACGGGCGAGGUGUCACGGCAACUUACUGUCACUGGUUACUUCAUCCGCCAAGGUCUUCUAGACAUCAGUCUCUCAGCUUCACUGGCAAACCUGCUAGUCAUAGCUCUGGAGCGCUACAUAUCUGUUAUGAGCUGGAAAGUUCAUAGCAACCUGACGAAGAGGAGGGUGACGCUGCUUAUUGUGCUGGUGUGGGCCAUUUCCAUCUUCAUGGGGGCUGUGCCCAGUCUGGGCUGGAACUGUAUCUGCAACCUGAACACGUGCUCCAAGCUCGCUCCCAUCUUCAGCAGGAGCUACUUGAUCUUCUGGUCUGUCUCUAACCUGGUGGUGUUCCUUAUCAUGGUGUCCAUCUACCUGAGAAUCUAUGCCUACGUUAAAAAGAAGACGGCGAUGCUCAUGCCACACACCUCCGGCUCCAUCAACCGCAAGAGGACACCCAUGAAGCUCAUGAAGACGGUCUUGGUUGUGCUUGGGGCCUUUGUGAUCUGCUGGACUCCUGGCUUGGUGGUUCUGCUGAUGGAUGGCCUUAACUGUGAGAAUUGUCACGUCAUGAAGUUAAAGCGCUGGCUCCUGCUCCUGGCUGUACUCAACUCUGUCAUGAAUCCCUGCAUCUACUCUUACAAGGAUGAGGAAAUGUGGGCAACUUUUAAGAACCUCAUGCGCUGCAUUGGCAACGGCACUCGUCGGCAGAGGUCAACAAAUGCCAACUCCAAGCCACUGAGCUCUGGGCACGACACGGGCAACAGCCAGCCUCCCUCAGAAGAGAUGAAGAAUGAUGAGGGUUUACUCAAGAACUGAAAACUUUUUCUUUUUUUCUAUUUUUUGAGAACAUCUGUCCAGAUCUGAACGAUCUUUAUGAAAAGAGACUGGAGCCGACUUGAAAGAGAAGCUGCAUAUGUCUCCAGUUGGUCUCAGUGGGUUGUGUUUGUCCUCAGAUUAAAAGCAGUCUCCUGAAGAGACAUUUCACGCCAACUCCUCCACUGCUGGAGUUGGUUCGAUGGAGAUAGGGAUCUUCAUGCACUGCUGUUUCCCCUAAUGAAUGCAAACGAGCUGUUCUGUCAGGGUUUGAUCAUGUUUGGACACAUACCUCCCAUUCUUCCAUAAUGGGAAUCAUCCUGUGUUUUUUUUAUCAUAUCCUCUGGGUUGCGUAAGCACGGGUGACACUGCACUCGAAUGGCUGAUUAAAACAAGUCGGCGUGGCGUGCACGGCUGUUCAUUUCCCCUUUAAGCCUGCGAGGGAGUAAACCGUAUGAAGUGUGACAUCAAUAUGAUUUUCUGUAUAUCUGCUUGAUUCUUCCACUAAGUUCACUUCCUGGUUAGCUUUUAAGGAAUGCUGUAGUGGAAGAACUAGUCAAGAAGAGGGACAUUUCGUUCCAAGUCGGGCACCGUAAAGCUGCGGCUUCGCUUGGGCAGGACGCGGUUUUAUGUUUAUUUUAUGCUUUCAAUAGAUCCAGCAAAGCAUUCUUGAAACUAUACUGUGCAGAAAAUAUGUACUUGGUGUGAGAAUUUCAGUCACUUCUUGUUGAGUAGUUUGGCCUCUGGUGGACAGUCUGUCUCCUUUUUUCAGUUCACCUGUGCAAAACUAUGACCUGCAGCAAAUCACGCAGACAGACUUGUUGUGUAACUUUUCUUUAUUCAAACAUCCGCUUCAGCUUGCUGAGUGGCUGAUGCUGCUCUGAUGAAACAGCUGGUCACCAGUAAAAGAGCUGUAAAAUGAUGUUGCAACACACUGGAUUCCAGCUGGAGGUUUGGCAUACAGUAGGCCCUCAGGACCCGAAGACGAUACGACUGAAUAGACUGUACCUCCCUUUGCGAACACAAGCGCCUGCAGGCUGAUUAGGAAAACUUCCUGGUCAAAUCUAAACCACUGACUGGGCUCAAAUGACUUUUCUUUGGUUGUAAAGUAUUUAUGCCAUGUAUGUUGUAAAGGACGUCAUUAAAAUUGUAAAUUGAGAGACAAGUUAGUGGAGCCGUUUACACCUUCUGUGGUUUGUUUGUUAGGCUGAGAUGACCUGUGUUCCUGUGUAGUUUUGGACUUUUAAAGCCAUAAAACUUUAAUGUCUUUUUAAAUAUCUAAGGACAUCCUUUUUUUAAAAUAAGCAAAUAUAAGAAUGUGUACAAUAUUUCUUUUAUGACAUGAUAUAGAAACCUUAAGUUAAUUCCAGAAAAAUAUGUAAAAUAUAUACAUUUUUAUAUCUUUCAGUAUUUCCUAUAUUUUCAGCCAUAACAGCAGGCUCGUGGAAAUAUUAGUUGAUUGGUUGGUCAGUUUUUUGUUGUUGUUUUUUUGCUUUAUCUUUAUUUCCAGAGGACUAAUGGUGGAAAAUAGCCCCCCCCUGCAUUGUCAUCAUUACACUGACUUUGGUGGUUUUAAGUCUCUUAACAACCAUCAGUUUGUCAUAAAGUUUUGCUGCAGACUUUUCAGCUCGACUCUGGACUGUAGUCUUGUUAAAUGUUGCACACACCACCCAUUUGGCACCCACACCAGUCAAAACAAGCCAUGCAAUGCCUGAAAAUCCAGUUCGACUGAAGCUAAGUGUCUAUAGAUUUUAACUCGGAUGAUCAAUGCUAAGUGAUGACUGAUUAUAAUACUAUAAACCUUUGCAGAAUUGAUUGCACCAAGAAGAAGCACUAAAAGGACCGUCUGUAAUGAAGUACUGCAGCUUGAGAGCACUUUGGGAUGAUUUAGGCUAUUUAAUGGGCCUCAAGCACUAAACGCUUCCAGUCAAUUAUAUUAUUGGGCAACGAGUCUGAUAAAAAUAAGUAAACCCUGUGUGGAUCGCACUGUAAAAAUUGGACAAUAUGAAUUAAGUAUAGAUUUAGGCAGUUAAUAAUAAUCAUUAAAUGCAGGUAUAAGAGCGAACUAUUCAAACCCACUCUCUAGAUUUCUGUCCAUAUAGAUGUAAAUUCCUUUCUUUCCAAAGUAAACACUCGAUACUGCGUAUCAUAGACGUCGUUCUUGUUCUCCCCAAAAGCCCUGUUUAAGUGUCAGGUCUCCCUCUAAUUUACAACAAUCAACAUGCUUGAAACGAAAGCCUUUUGUUUACUCUUAGCAACCACAAACCCACAGCCAUUUUUAUUUUUCCACAAGCCGGAUGUACUGUUUUACUGCAUUAACAUCCUUUCAAACUUUUAAAAGCUCACACGGCGGUCUGAAUGUAUUGCCCUGUGCAGAAGCAGAACAGGUACAUGUAUAGCCUGUCUCAGGUUGUAAAUGACAUCCAGUUUCGUUUCAGUUGUUGAGAUAUGGGUUGACUCGGGUCAUGUGGUUUGCAUGUACAUGAUGCUGCAUGGCAGCGCACAUUGUAUGACCAACGCAGAGGCCUCUGCAGAUCUGUAAUUCCUGCUGACUGGCACGCUGGUUCAACCUUCUGAAAAACCUGAACUGUUAACUGCGUUGUGUGGCCGUCUUUUUCUACAGCUGUGCUGUAAUUAUGCCUUCUUGAAAAGCCAAUUAAAUUUCACAUAUGUUCA